CUGUGUCACGUACUCACGUUAAGUUCCAAUCCCCCUACCUUCCCAUCCAUCCUCUUCCCAAAUCCCCCACUGCCGCUUCCUUUGAACCCCACUGCCCCUUCCUCACCCAGGGAUGUGCCCUUCACGCCGUUACAGGGGCUUUCUAAGGGGGAAUCGGGAGUGGCAGGUGCAGGAGUGGGGGGCCUCGCCUCAACUGUAGUCAUCUCCUCUCCCUUCCCCCCCUUCCCUCCUCUUCCACUCCCACUCUCCCCCCUCUUCCCCUCCCCCGCCUCAACCCCCCUCUCCCACCCUCCUCGCCUCCCCUUCUUCCCCCCCAGAACCGUGCCCUUCACACCGCUGCAGGGAUUUCUGCGGGGGGCGCGCGAAUGGCAGGUGCAGGAGAGGCGGGCGGAGCGGGAGGGGACUAUCCGCGUACGUGUGGUGGAUGAAAGGGCGCCCAUGGCGGCACUGGCCGCGGAUGGAGCUACUCCCCUGGUUAUUCGCGAAACUAACUACGGGUUCAGCACGUGCAAGGUGGGUGGCAAUGGGUGUGGUUGGGUGCGGUUGAGUGCUGGUGGGGCGGGAGGGGGCUAUCUGCGUGUGUGUGGUGGAUGCAAGGGCGCGUAUGGCUCGCCCCUCCCCGCCCCCCCUCUUCCCUUCCAGCGCCAGAGCACCCUUGCAGGGGUGAACAAUACGAGCAUUCCGCUCCGCCUGGAGCUGCUGGCACUGGCAGCAAACAUCUCCGCUUCCCCCACCUUCUUCCCACCUCCCCACCCCCCCGCUGCAGCGCCAGAGCACCCCGGCAGGGGUGAACGAGACGGCCAUUUGCGCCAGAGCACACCUGCAGGGGUGAACGAGACGGCCAUUCGGUUCCGUCCAGAGCUGCUGGCGCUAGCAGCAAACAUCUCGGCGAGCAUGAAUGGCGGCGAAUUUGACGCCGUGCACGUGAGGCGCGGGGACAAGCUGCGCCCAGAGUUCUGGCCGCACCUCGACCACGACACACGCCCCGACGCGUAA